AUGAGCUCAAAGAAACCGAUGAAACUCGUUCUAUCUCCAGCUAAAAAAAGUAAGCAAGAAGUGAAAUGUAUUAUACACAACAACAAUUACAAGAAAGAAACAAAGUUAAGAGCAUUCACAGAAAAAUCAGCCGAAAAAGUGAAAAUAGCAAGUGAAAUUCGAAAUGAUGAAAAUGUCACUGAUUUAGUGAGCGGCGAUCUUUCCGAUUUGAAAUUUCAUCAGAAAUGUUUAGAUGCGUAUGUCCACCCAAAAACAUUAGCUACCAUACAAAAGAAAAAAGAAAAAGCUGAAGCAAGCGACGAUGAAACGGGAGAUGUUAACGACAUAGAAGAACAACAACCAACUUCAACUAUCCGAAUGUCACAGAGAAAGAGAGGCAGAACAGGUCAAUCACUUGCCAAGCAAGAUGAGUGCUGUAUCUGCCAAAAAAGAAAAACGAGUACAACAGGUAGUGGCUACGAAAAACUCAGCAAGUGUAUAACGGAAAGUUCUGCUCUCACGCUACAGACUGCAGCCCUACAAAAUGGGGCAAAUGAUGAGUUGAUAGGAUAUAUUUCUGGUCGCGAUUGGACGGGAAUAGUUGCACUUGAAUUGCGAUAUCAUGUAACAUGCUAUCGAGCUUUCACCAAGCCCGUUAAAACACCUUCUGCAAUCACUCAAGUAGACAAAGAGGCAUUGCAGCAUACUUUCGACUUUGUUGAGCUACAUGCUCUAAAUAAAUGCGAAGUGCUACUACUGAAGGAUUUGGUUGACAUUUAUAACAAGCAUUCCGUAAAGGGCGGUAUCACCGAUCGAACUAUGUUGAAAUAUGUUACGGAACAUUUCACCGAUGAUAUCGGAGUUUGGCAACCUCGGUAUGGAGGGACAUUUAUUUUUUCUGAAAAAAUACCUAAGGGGCUUAUAAUUGAUGUACGGCGACGGAAUCUUAUUGAUCGUGAAAGCCAAAAGCAACGUGAUACUGACAUUGAAAUUAUCAAAAUAGCAGCUGAAAUAAUAAGAGAAGAGAUCAGAAACAUGCCGUUCACAUAUCCUAUUUGGCCACCGACAGAAAGAAGCAUACUAUCCGAAAGUACUAUCAUUCCACCAAAGUUAAGUCAAUUAAUUACAUCUAUUGUGAGCUCGAUACCUCAACCUCACAAACGGAAACAGACAACUAUAACUUCGAUAUGUCAGGACAUUAUAUAUAUAUAAUCAGAGUUUCUUUUAAAGAGAAUCUUGCGGUGUAAGUCUCAAAUCAUCUACUUCGUUACUGACCAGUACUUCCAGAAUUCUGUGAAAGGCUAUGAGAGAAGCAGACGUACCGCAGAUGGAACACUCCGAGUACGCAUCGAACGAAGAGAUCAAAAGAAGCCAUCUCAGUUGAAGAAGUACAUGCGCAACGACGAAAACAAAAAAGAAAUCACUCAGUUUUUAUUAAACGACUGGUCCAAUGAAAGUCGAUUUGUAGGUCUACUAGAUCGUCGUGAAAUUUACUUCAAUUGUUUGUCAAAAUUUUUCAAAAUAUAUGUCGUCAACGGUCGUGUAUGUUGUGAAGAAGAAUCAUCCUUAGAAAACCACCAAGAAGAGGCAGACACCAAGGUAUUUCUCUGUUGCAACCACGCAAGCGUGACUGGCGUUGAUAAUGCAUGCAUCGUAACCGUGGACAGUGACAUUGUCAUAUAUGCUGUACAUUUUGAAAAUAAAAUUGGAAUCAACAUUUAUCUACAGAUCGGUUCGGGUGGACGGAAACGAAUCUUAAGUGUGACCAAAAUUCGAGAUGCUGUUGGUCCCGCAAUUGCAGAGGCUCUUCCAGCUUUCCAUGCUUUUACAGGUAAUGACUUCACAAGUGCAUUUCACGGCAUAGGGAAAGUGAAGCCAUACAACUUAUUGAAAGCUAACGAAAUAUUUCAAAAUGUGUUUGCCAAGCUAGGUAAAUCUGCGACAUUUGAUGUUGACCUCUUUCCACACAUUGAGCAAUUUGUUUGCAAAUUAUAUGGAGUCAGUGCAACUAACACAGAUGACGCACGCUACAAAAAGUUCUGUUCGUGUAAACCUACACCUGAGCCGCAACAGCUUCCUCCAACUCGAGAUGCACUACUAAAUCAUUGUAAAAGAGUUUCAUAUAUCAAAGCGAUAGUUCGAAAUUCUUUGGUUGCAAAUCCAAACCUACCAAGCCCAAAUGGACAUGGAUGGAAUGUCAACGGUGAGAAACUAGAGAUCAUUUGGCUAUUAAGACGACCUGCACCAGAUGCUCUAUUGGAAAUGGUUUCUUGCUCUUGCCGUAAGUCAUCAUCUUGCGCCAAAGAAACUUGUGUUUGUAGCUCGUACGAUUUGCCUUGCACAGAUUUAUGCUCCUGUAACUGUGUUGAUCAAGGAUCAGACAACGACGAGAUAAUUCUCGAAAAUGAUGUUGAAGUCGAUAGUUCUGAUGACGAAAGUGAGGAUGACACAGAAGAUGAAGAAACUUUAUUUUCAGAUUAACAUUAAUAUUCUUGGUUUUUAAGUAUAUGUUAGAUAAUAAAUUAGUUAGUGUAUUUCCUGUCAAAUAUUCGAUAUUUUCUCAUACAGAGGUUUGGUGACAAGAUUUAUGCGCAUUAAUAUCAUAAUUACGGAGCCGAAAGUAACUUCGGCGUUAUUGAGUCCCAUUUUGUUUUACAUUUCGACAAAAAAUGCUCACGGCAAUAUGUUUUCUGUGGGGUUUUAUAGUUGUGGCUGUUAGCUUUUUUAUGCUGUGACGUCAUUUCUAAAAAUAGGACAAGCAAGAAAAUUCAAGAAGGCCAGUAAAUGU